AUGCCGGCCCUCUCUGAUGACCUCGUUGCCGCUAUCAAGCAGUCCGUCUCUGAUGGCUUUGACCAGCAACUUGCCUACACGCAGAAAUUAAUCCGCUUCGGGGGCCAGCGUGGCCAGGAGACCGAGAUCCAGAACUUCAUCUUUCAGCAAUUCGCGGACCGCGGCUAUGACCCGGUCAAAUUCGACAUGGAUGAGCAAGCGCUCUCACAGCACGUCGGCGCCGGCAGGUUCAGUAGCACGCAUUCCCGCGCCCCGAUUGUCGUGGGCACGCACAAGCCAAAAGCGCAACAUACCGAGGGAAAGAGUCUCAUCUUGAACGGGCAUAUCGACGUCGUCCCUCUGGGACCGGUUGAUAUGUGGAAUGACGACCCGUAUAGUGCCCGCAUCGAGGGAGACAAGCUUUACGGAAGAGGCUCAGGCGACAUGAGAAGCGGCUGCGCUGCAAAUCUAUGGGCUCUUGAUGCGCUCAAACGUUGUGGACUCCAGCCAGCCUCCGAGGUGAUCCUGCAGUCCGUCGUGGAGGAGGAGUCAACUGGCAACGGCACAUUGAUGACACACUUAAAGGGUUACAAGGCAGACGCUGUCCUCAUCCCCGAACCAAUGCAGGAACAACUUGUGCGGGCAAAUGUGGGUGUCUUGUGGUUUCAGAUCGAGGUUCGUGGUAGGCCAGUCCAUGUCAGGGCUAUGGGAACGGGAGUCAACGCUGUCGAUGCAUGCUGGAAGGUAGUGGGAGCCUUGAGAGAAUUGGAAGCUGAUUGGAAUGAGCGCCAUGUCAGCGCGCAAUAUUUCGAGAACGAGAAGCACCCUCUAAACCUGAACGUCGCAAUCGUGAACGCUGGAGACUGGGCGAGUUCCGUCCCUGCCUGGUGCCGGAUAGAUUGUCGGAUAGCAAUCGUACCUGGUGUCAGUGCUAAAUCCGCUGCAGACGAGAUCGAGAAGAAGGUGGCGAAUUUCGCUUGUAACGACCCUUACCUCAGCGCAAAUCCGCCAAAGGUGAUCUGGAACGGGUUUUACUCGGAAGGUUAUGUGCUUGAGCCUGGGAGCGAGGCAGAGAAUGUACUACGCCAGGCACACAAGCAGGCGACUGGCAAGGAAUUGACAUACCAAACAUCGACCGCCUACCUUGAUGCCCGCGUCCACAGUCUGUAUGACAAAGUCCCCGCGCUGGUUUAUGGCCCUAUCAGCGGGGAUAUUCAUGGCUUUGAUGAAUGGGUGAGCAUCGAGAGUAUCAAGAGAGUGACGAUCGCAAUGGCGCUGUUUAUCGCAGAAUGGUGUGGAGUAGAGAAGAUAUAA